CUGUUUUUUCGUUUGUCAAAUAAUUGAAACAACACAAAAGCAAACAAAAUUAUGAAUGCCCAAAUUAUUCGUUUACUGAUUAUCAGAUAUCCUACUCCCAAGUGUUGUCCAUCCUUAUUGUGGAAAAUGAUUAAGAGGCCAGUGAGCUGAUUAUGAGUAGCCAGAACUUGCGCCAAUAUUUUAAUGCAAAGGAAGACUACACAGCCACACUCGAUAAGCUUAAGGUGGACUUUGAGCAGCGUUGGAAGUCCCAGGAACCAUCGCCGUACACCAACCUUGAGAGUUACGUGCAGCGAGCAAUCAUUGGCAAUGGCAGUUUUGGCACUGUUCUGUUGGUUAAGGAAAAGAAAGGCAAAAAUUAUUAUGCAGCUAAGAUGAUGAAUAAGGACGAUCUGGUGCGGCUGAAGCAAGUCGGUCACGUGCACAACGAGAAGACCGUACUUAGCUCCGUUCGAUUCCCAUUUCUUGUGCACUUGAUCGAUGCCAGCAAGGACUUUGACUAUUUGUAUCUCGUGUUGCCGUUUGUCAAUGGCGGCGAGCUGUUCACCUACCAUCGCAAAGUGCGAAAAUUCAAUGAGAAGCAAUCGCGAUUCUAUGGGGUCCAAGUGCUUCUGGCCCUCGAGUACUUGCAUCAUAUGAGCCUCAUUUAUCGCGAUUUGAAGCCGGAGAAUAUCUUAAUGGAUGCUCGCGGCUACAUCAAGGUGACAGAUUUCGGGUUUACCAAGCGUGUGGACAAUAGGACGUCGACACUUUGUGGUACACCCGAAUAUUUGGCACCGGAAAUCAUUCAACUUCGGCCGUACUCAAAGUCCGUUGACUGGUGGGCGUUUGGUAUACUGAUCUAUGAGUUUGUGGCUGGCCAUUCGCCGUUUUCGAUGCAUAAUCGUGACGUCAUAUUGAUGUACUCGAAAAUUUGCUUGGGCGAAUAUCGAAUACCUUCGUUUUUUACGGCCCAGCUGAAAAGCUUGAUUGAGAACUUGUUGCAGAGUGAGCCCUCAAAGCGUUUAGGUAACUCAACCGAGGGCUCUACGGAUAUCAAGAACCAUCCAUGGUUUCAAGGCGUCGACUGGUAUGCAAUCCUUAAUCAAGAUAUUAGCCCGCCCUACCUACCGACCGUUACCAGUAUUGAAGAUUUGUCAAAUUUUGAAAAUUUUGAGUCCAAAACGAAAUUGAAAUCGAAAAUAAAUCGCCACCCAGACUUGUUUAAUAAUUUUUAAACGUUGGUCUUCCAAUAUGUUUUGUUUUCGCUGCUGAGCUUUGGUUCAUCUGAUAACUGCGAUAGCUAGCAAUGUGAGCUCCACAAGAAACUACGCUAUGCUGCUCAGAGCUGAAUGUGGAUCAUCAAGGUCUACAAGUAGCCCUUGUGUUAUUUUUCAUUAUUAUGAAUUUUAUUUGCUUGACUAGCUUGUCCCAAAAUGUGUGUAGUAUUUAGUCGAAAUUCUUGGUGCAUUUAUUAAUAGUUUUAUACACAUAACCAAA